UUGGGUACACGCGAGUAAUUGUUAACCGGUACAUAGAGAGCGCAGUAGUUCCUGUUUGUCAAUAAUAUAUUGAGGUGGUGUUGUGUUUGUGAUUGCCAUAUCAACGAGGUACCCGUGUGUACAAUUUACACAUUGCAUUGUUUGGAAUAUUGCACAAUUUUGAAAUUGAGCAUCCAUAAACUUUUGCAGCAAAGCACAAUGGGAGAUAAAUGUGUAAUUCUGGUGACUGGAGGUACAGGUUUGGUUGGGCAGGCUAUUAAAACCAUUGCUGAUGGGGAGGAAAAGAGACCCAAUGAAGAAUGGUACUUUGCAAGCUCCAAGGAUGCAGAUCUCUCAGACAGAGAGGCAACAGAGAAGUUAUUUGAGCGUGUGAAACCGACACAUGUUAUUCAUUUAGCUGCCAUGGUUGGAGGCUUGUUUCGUAAUCUCAAGUACAAUUUGGACUUUUAUAGAACCAACACAUUGAUUAAUGACAAUGUCCUAAAUGCCAGUUUUAAGAAUGGUGUGAAGAAAGUGGUGUCCUGUCUUUCCACUUGUAUAUUUCCAGACAAAACCACAUAUCCUAUAGACGAAACCAUGGUACACAAUGGUCCUCCUCAUGACUCCAACUUUGGUUAUUCUUUCUCCAAGAGAAUGAUUGAUGUUUUGAACAGAGCAUAUAACAAACAACAUGGUUGCCAGUUUACCUCGGUUAUUCCCACAAACGUGUUUGGACCAUACGAUAACUUCAACCUGGAGGAUGGACAUGUACUGCCGGGCCUCAUCAACAAAAUCUACUGUGCUAAAAGAGACAACACCCCCUUCACCGUCUGGGGAACUGGAUCCCCCCGCAGACAAUUCAUCUACUCCCUAGAUCUUGCUCGUCUGAUGAUCUGGGUUUUGAGGGACUACCCAGAAAUUGAUCCUAUCAUCCUUUCAGUUGGUGAGGAGGACGAGGUCAGCAUCAAGGAGGCUGCAGAGGCAGUCAUUGAGGCCAUGGAGUUCAAAGGAGAGGUCAAGUUUGACACCACAAAGUCUGAUGGUCAAUUCAAGAAGACAGCGAGCAAUGCCAAGCUGCGGAAAUACCGUCCAGACUUUAAGUUCACGCCUUUCAAACAAGCGGUGAAGGAGUCGUGCAACUGGUUUGAAGCAAACUACGAGACCUUAAGAAAGUGAAUCUCCACCUUCAUAGUGAUGUGUACUGAUGACAAAUUGGAUGAACAAAUACAUUGUACAACACAUUUCAUUGAUGUUAUUUAUUGGGACAACAUGAUAUCAUGAGAGGAUAUGAUUUUGGGUUUUCAUCUUCACAUUUUCUUAGUCUUAUUUUUUCAUGGUAAAAAUCAAUCAAUUCUGUUAGAUAAGUAUAACUUUUGUACAAGGUACAUGUAUGGGAGUUUGGAAGUUUAAAUGCUGUAGCAUUAUUGUUUGGAAGUUUAAAUGCUGUAGCAUUAUUGAGUAGAAAAUAAGUCUUUGUGUGGAAUAACAUUAUUGCUUUAUUCUUAAUAAUUUUUUUUAAAGAACCAGCUUUAUGUAUGUUUUGAAUAUUUUUCCGAUUGUAACUACAUUAAAAUGUGUUUUAAGAUGCAUGUUAUACGGUUUCUUCAUCACAAUUAACAAAUUACAUAGAUUGAGUGAUGCAUAAUAAUUAUUAAUACUUAGUAUUGACUUCCAUACUAUAAUAUGUAUUGUAUUUAAACCAGUGUAUGUUGUGUGUAAUUUUCUCGAGGGUUUUUUUUUUUCCAUAUAUAUAAUAUAUACACAAGUUUUUAAUAUGCUUGAAAGUUGUAGCACACCAUUCCAUUUACAGUACUUUUAUCAGGUACAAAUAUAUAUAUUCAGUGCAAAUAUUUCCUGUGCUUUCUAUAGAGUAUCUUUUAAACAUGUCACGAAAUCCAGUGCUAAAUGUGGGCUUUCUCUAACUGAAGUAAUAAAUGUGGAAUAUAAA